GUUGAAGGGGGCUUUUGAUUGCCCGCCUCAAUAGACACUAGUCUAAAGGGGCGGGCUUAUGUUUGUUCGCUUCAACAGGUCUUCACAAUCUACUGCGUUUUAAUUCUAUCUCCUCCUCAUUUCAUCUGUUUCAUUUCUCUCUCUUCUCUUCGCUCUCCUCUCUCCUCUCUCUCCUGGUUCAAAACUCCUCAAACCCGCUAUUUCGCCAACAAAUCGGGCUACCUCUCCUCACAGUCGUUGGCUUCCAUGGAAGCUUUUCCUCCGCCUUCCAUGGAAGAGUUACAAAGCUAGGGUAUCUCCGCGACCUCUCUCCCUCGACUCUUCAAACUCGUCGAUUUGUCUCCCUCCUCAAGCUAGGGUAUAUCGAUUCGACCGUCAUCUACUUAGCAUUCUCGAGGAAGACGGCGUCGUUCUCCAAAUGAGGUGCGGCUCGGGUUUCGGUAGGUCGUGGGUGGUCGGAUGAGGCGACGCAAGCAAGGUGAUGGCUUGCUGGUGGCUCUGAUCUUGCGGUGCUAUAUAUCCAAGUCCUGCAGCAUCUAAAGCUGAGUUAUAUGUAGUCAUGACCAGUAUGGUUUAUUUCAGGAUCACAACCAUGCUCAAUGUGGAAUUACAGAGUGUAGUAAACUGAAGGAUUUGAAGACUGCAUUUCUGACAGAUGACGCAACAACAAUUUGUUUAGAGAUUCUGGAGAAAGGAGAUCUUCAAGUUGCAGGGAAAGAAAGGGAGGCUCAAUUGUCACUUCAGUUUCGUGAUAUUGCCACCAUUGUCAUGGAAAACACCAUUAAUCCUGACACGAAACGCCCUUACUCGAUAACUAUGAUCGAACGUUUGAUGCAUGACAUCCAUUUUGCUGUUGAUCCUUAUAACAGUUCCAAAAAGCAGGCACUAGAUGUUAUUCACCGGCUUGUAAAGAAAUUUCCCAUCAAAAGAUCUCCAAUGAGACUUCGACUUACUGUUGGUGAGAAGAAUUUUUCCACUAUAUUGGAGAAGCUAGGCACUUGGAAUGGUGAGAUUGUGACUAUGGAUGAAUCUGGAACUCAAUUUUCAGUUGAUGACCAGAAGAUGGCAGCAAGGUUGGCUAACACAAUGUGCAAUUCACUUAAAGGAAGACCUGCCCUGGGUCGUAUUUUCCAAGGAAAGGAGCCACCUCAAUUUGUUGCUAUAUUUAGCCUAUGGUUGUGCUAAAGGUACUUGCAGGGAUCGAGUCGAUUGGAAUUAGAAAGUCAACACGGCCUUAAUUAAGGUUUGUAAUGCAUGAUCUAAAGGGAGCUAAGUGGCCGGAUUAGAGAAAUUUGUUAGACUAGCUCUCUAGCCUUUUGUCUUUAUUUGUUAAUAUUAGUGUUAAUUUGUUAGACUAGCUAGCUAGGUGUUUAAAAAUUGUAAACGUACGUACUAUACGCUUUUCUCUAUUGGGUUAAUAUAAAUGAAGUUAAUUUCAUGAUUUAUUAAUAAAAAUAAGCAGAUUCAUACAUUUGCUAUUCUGGUGUUGAUUGGUGCG